CGCGCCGCACUGUGAGUAAACCUCGUAUUUACAGAUUAUAGAGGCGGAUUCAGCGCGGAUUCAGGGCUGAUUCAGGGCUGAGGGAGGUCAGAAGUUGAUGCUCUUGUCUGUGAUUUGAGUCUGCUGCCGUGGAUCCGAGUUCUGGAAUGAUUCUUUAUGAAACCAGUCCCAAGACAUCUGAUCACCCGUCCAGUUCUCUCUGCUCCACUCUCACCCAGCUCCCUCUGGACCCACUCCGACCCCUCCUGCUGCACUUCUAGCUGCUUGCCCCGCGCAGGGAAAGCUGUUCCCGGGCCCGGUGCCCCCUCCCCACCCCUGGCGGUGGCCCACGCUGAGUGUUGGCGUGCAAUGGCGCGGCGGGACGCUAAGGGUUGCCGCUGCGGACUGUGAUGUCGGAGCCCGGCAGCCCCGGCGAGAGCCAGCGCGGCGCUCCCAGAUUCUUCGUGGGCUGCGAGGAGGAUGAGAGCGAGGGCCUGGACGGCUACGGCAGCAUGAGGACAGACAUGGAGCUGUACGAGGACAACCAGGAGGCAGACUCGCCUCCUGAACGUCAGAUUGUGGUGGGGAUCUGCUGUAUGAUGAAGAAGUCCAAGUCCAAACCCAUGACUCAGAUCCUGGAGCGGCUCUGCAAGUUUGAGUACAUCACUGUGGUCAUCUUCCCGGAGGACGUCAUACUGAACGAGCCGGUGGAGAAAUGGCCCCUCUGUGACUGCCUCAUCUCCUUCCACUCCAAAGGCUUUCCGUUGGAUAAGGCAGUGAGUUACGCCAAGCUCCGCAACCCACUGCUCAUCAAUGAUCUAAACAUGCAGUAUUACAUACAGGACAGGAGGGAGGUGUAUCGGAUUCUGCAGGAGGAGGGAAUCGACCUGCCACGCUAUGCUGUGUUAAAUAGGGACCCGGACAAACCUGAUGAGUGUAACUUGGUGGAGGGGGAGGACCAUGUGGAGGUGAAUGGUGAGAUCUUUCCAAAACCCUUUGUAGAAAAGCCUGUUUCUGCAGAAGAUCACAACGUCUACAUCUAUUACCCGACCUCUGCCGGUGGAGGCAGUCAGCGCCUCUUCAGAAAGAUUGGAAGCAGGAGCAGUGUGUAUUCUCCAGAGAGCAACGUGAGGAAGACCGGGUCCUACAUAUAUGAAGAGUUCAUGCCCACAGACGGCACAGACGUGAAGGUUUACACAGUAGGGCCUGAUUAUGCUCAUGCUGAGGCACGCAAGUCUCCUGCUCUGGACGGCAAGGUUGAGCGAGACAGCGAAGGAAAAGAAAUCCGUUAUCCCGUUAUGCUCACUGCUAUGGAGAAGUUGGUGGCUCGUAAAGUCUGCCUGGCUUUCAAGCAAACGGUCUGUGGGUUUGACCUCCUCCGGGCAAACGGACACUCGUAUGUCUGUGAUGUCAAUGGCUUCAGCUUUGUGAAGAAUUCUAUGAAAUAUUAUGAUGAUUGUGCCAAGAUACUAGGGAACAUCGUGAUGAGGGAGCUGGCUCCCCAGUUUCAGAUUCCCUGGUCUAUCCCCACUGAGGCUGAGGAUAUCCCCAUAGUCCCCACCACAUCUGGCACCAUGAUGGAGCUGCGCUGUGUGAUCGCAGUAAUUCGGCACGGAGACCGCACACCAAAGCAGAAGAUGAAGAUGGAAGUCAGGAAUCUCAUGUUUUUUGAGCUGUUUGAAAAGUAUGGCGGUUAUAAGACUGGCAAGCUGAAGCUAAAAAAACCCAAACAACUGCAGGAAGUGCUGGACAUUACCAGGCAGCUGCUGGCAGAUCUGGGGCAGCACAAUGACUGUGAGAUCGAGGAAAAGAAGUCGAAACUGGAGCAGCUGAAGACUGUUCUGGAGAUGUAUGGGCAUUUCUCUGGGAUCAAUAGGAAAGUGCAGUUGACCUAUCUCCCUUACGGACGGCCGAAGACAUCCAGUGAGGAGGAAGACACGCGUAAGGACGGCCCAUCCCUGCUGCUGGUGCUGAAGUGGGGGGGUGAACUGACCCCCGCAGGCCGGGUACAGGCGGAGGAACUGGGCCGAGCAUUCCGUUGUAUGUACCCUGGAGGACAAGGAGACUACGCUGGUUUCCCCGGGUGCGGCCUGCUCCGCCUCCAUAGCACGUAUCGGCACGACCUCAAAAUCUACGCUUCCGAUGAGGGCAGGGUGCAGAUGACUGCAGCUGCUUUUGCUAAGGGUUUGCUGGCGCUGGAGGGCGAGCUGACUCCCAUCCUGGUGCAGAUGGUGAAGAGUGCCAACAUGAACGGCCUGCUGGAUAACGACAUCGACUCGCUGAGCGGCUGCCAGCACAGGGUCAAGGCCAGGCUUCAUGAGAUCAUGCAGAAAGACGAGCCCUUCACUGAGGAAGACUUUGAAAAACUGGCCCCAACCUACAGCGUUUCUCUGGUGAACUCUAUGAGGGCAGUUGAAAACCCAGUGAGCACAUGUGAUAAAGUGUACAGCCUCGUGCAGAGCCUCACUUCACAAAUCCGCAAGAGGCUGGAAGAUCCCAAAUCUGCAGAUCUGCAGCUGUACCACAGCGAGACUCUGGAGCUCAUGCUGCAGCGCUGGUCCAAACUGGAGAGAGACUUUCGCAUGAAGAGCGGCCGAUAUGACAUCAGCAAGAUCCCAGACAUUUAUGACUGUGUGAAAUAUGACGUGCAGCACAACAGCUCUCUGGGCCUGGAGGACACACUGGAGCUGUUCACACUGUCCCGAGCUCUGGCUGACCUCGUUAUACCACAGGAAUAUGGCAUUAAUAAGGUGGAGAAGUUGGACAUAGCGUACGCUUACUGCCUGCCCCUGAUCAAGAAGAUCCAGCUGGACCUGCAGAGAACCCACGAGGACGAGUCUGUUAACAAGCUCCACCCCCUGUAUUCCCGCGGCGUGCUGUCCCCCGGCAGACACGUGCGGACGCGGCUGUACUUCACCAGCGAGAGUCACGUCCACUCCCUGCUAAGCAUCUUCCGCUACGGAGGCCUGCUGGAUGAGGAGAAGGACCAGCAGUGGAAAAGGGCCAUGGACUACCUGAGCGCCGUCUCUGAACUCAACUACAUGACUCAGAUAGUCAUCAUGCUGUAUGAGGACAACAAUAAGGACUCUUCAUCAGAGGAACGUUUUCAUGUGGAGCUGCACUUCAGUCCAGGGGUUAAAGUGUGUGAGGAGGAGAAUGCACCGAUGGGCUUUGGCUUUCGUCCUGCAUCUUCAGAGAAUGAUCAGAAGCAGACGGACCCUGGCAGCUUGGAGAACCUUGUGCGGGAUGAACCGGACCGGGCCCUGCCUCUGUCUGAAGCGGUCAGCUCUCAGCGCCGGUCUCCUCUGAUCCGAAACCGCAAGACCGGCUCCAUGGAGGUCCUGUCUGAAAGUACGGCCUCUAAAGCAGGCAGCCAUCGCCUCUUCCCCUCCUGCUCACGCCAGUCUCCGGAGAUGAAGCAGAGCGGAUUAGGCUCUCAGUGUGCAGGGCUCUUCAGCACCACUGUCCUUGGGGGGUCCUCUAGCGCCCCCAACCUGCAGGACUACGCUCGCACGCAUCGCAAAAAAUUCUCCUCGGGCAGUUUGACCUAUAAAGACGAGUUGUUGUCUAUGCCGGCAGUAAAGCGAUUUUCUGUGUCGUUUGCAAAGCAUCCGACUAAUGAACCCCUGGAGGAGCACCACGUAGCCCAGCUGCUGAGGCGCUUCUCCACUGCCCCCAAUAUCGACCACUCGCUCUUUCUGGACAGUGCUCUGGCCCACCACCUCCACCAGUGCUCCUACCACCUGCGCCUCUUCCGCAACUGGUUAAUCUCCGGCCAGGACCCCCUAGAGUACCUCUACGGGUUUGAAGGCUGCUCCAUGGUGCCCUCUAUCUACCCACUGGAGACACUGCACAACUCCCUCUCCCUCAAACAGGUGGACAAGUUCCUGACGGCAGUGUGUGAGAGUGCUGGGGACUCGCACAGCAGGACCACCAGAGCUCUGUCAGCCAUGUUCGACUGUCAAAAUCAGCCCUCAGUGGACUCCUACAUCCCCCAGAGAGUGCUCUCUUCUUCUGCUUCUCUGCGACAGCGUUCUGAUCGCCCACCCUGGUAUAGCAGUGGUCCCUCCAGCACGGUGUCCAGCGCUGGCCCCUCAUCCCCCACCACAGCCGACACCUCCCCUCGUUUCAGUUUCAGCGAGAAGGCGGCUCUUACCCCCCAGAGCAGCGAGGAGAUCCACCCGCCCUGCCAGCCGCCCAGCCAGUCCGCUUCAGCCUCCUCACUGCCGGGCAGUCCACCUGCUGACACAGACUCCCCCACUGACCCCCAUCCCCCCGAGGACCCUCAACCCCCAUGCCCCAGUAGACCCAGUGAACUGGAGCUGGGCAUCACAGACAGCCCUAACGGCCCAGGACGCGAGGGAGCCCACAGCCCCCCCUGCUCUCCUCUGGCCGAGCUGAGCCUGCGGAUAGAGCCCUUCUGCAGCCUGCCCGGCUCACUGCCUGUGCUGCUGGAGCUCCGGGAGAGCAGCUCGGAGGCCGGCUCCAGCGCCCAGACGCCCCUGACCCCCGACGAGCCCGACGAGUUCUUUGAUACCCAGGAGUCUGUGGAGGUGUGGCGGAGCAGCCCGAGGAACCUGCCUCACUCUGGCACUCCGCUGGAGGUGGGAGUGCCACAUGUACCUGAGCCCUGAUGACCUGGAGCAGCUAUAUCUCUCACAGGACACUGCAGAGCUCUGCACAUGUUUGUGUUUUUUCCUUUACUACACUAAAACGCUUUCAACACAUUUCAGAAUGCCCCUGCCCCUCACACACACACACACACACACAAAUUCAAGGUUAGGUAGAGUGCCUGAGGAAACUGCUGAAUAGGAUUAGUUCACUAGGGGUGCUUGAUACAGGUGCUCAAAAAAAAUUGAAUAUCGUUGGAAAGUUACUUUAUUUCAGUAAUUCAAUUCAGAAUGUAACACUCAUAUAUUAUAUAGAUGUAUUACACACAGUGAUUUAUUUUAAGUGUUUAUGUAUUUUAUUGUUGAUAAUUAUGGCUUACAGCUAAUAAAAAUAUUAUAUAAGACCAAUUGGUACUUUUGUCAGUGUGAGCAGUGUGCCAAGUCCUGCUAGAAAAAGAAAUGUUGUCAUUGUGUUGUCAGCAGAGACUGCACUGACUCUAGACUUGAUAAUAAAACACAGUGGAUCAACACCAGCAGAUGACAGACAUGUCUCUCCAAACCAUCACUGAUUGUGAAAACUUCACACAAGACCUCCAGCACUGUGUUUUAUUAUUAAGUCUCUUAAGUUCCCUCUGCUGCUGAUAACUUUUAUGGAGAUGCAGAUUUCAUUUUCCAGCAGGACUUUGCACACUGCCCACACUGCCAAAAGUACUAUUUGGUCUUAUAUAAUAUUCUAAUUUUCAGAGACACAGAUUCUUGGGUUUCCAUUGGCUGUAAUCCAUAAUCAUUGAUAAUAAAAUAAAUAAACCCUUCAAAUAGAUCACCCUGUGAGUAAUACAUUUUUAUAAUAUAUGAAUUUCACAUUUUGAACUGAAUUACUGAAAUAAAGUAACUUUUCAAUGAUAUCAUUUUUUUUUUGAGAUGCACCUAUACAUAAUGAUAUUGUGAUAGAUCAUACUGUUUUCGCUUGCGAUACAUUAUCAAUAUGUGGUGUGAAUUGUGGUUAUUCUUAAUGAAAAAUAUGAGCUCUAAACUCUCUAAGACUUGCCGCAAUUAGACUUUAGUCUCAAGUUCUUCUUCAUUGCUCCACAUCAGGUGCUAAUCAAAAGAAUAGAUUAAACCUGCGGUGACGAAUAUUAGUUAAACUCUAUGAAACUGACACCAAUAAAUCUGUAAUUACUUGUAUUUGGAUACAAUUGACAAUUAUUAUCUUUGCAGUCACUCCACAGUUGUUAAUAACAGAUGAACAGACACUGUAGAUUCAUACAGGGUUAAAGUAAAAAUAUAGUGCCCAAUCUCUUCUAAAACUGCAGUUGCACCUUCAGGACUGUCACACAGUUAAAUUAAUAAAAUAUAGAACUAAUUAGCUUUAGUUAAUAACAAAAAUGUCUUUAACUCAACAGUUAUCAUCAUACUGUAAAAACUACACACAUUCAUACUGUUUUAAACAGUAAAAACACAACUGCAGAUUUAAUGUGGAUUAAAUUAUGUUAUUACUAUCAGGUUGUAAAUAAAACUCAUCUGCAGAUUAAUACUGGUAUAAAAGCACAACUAUUACUGACAGACUUAAAAACACUCACACUGCACAUUGAUACUGGUUUAAUAUCACUGACAGGCUGACUGAAAGCCACACCUACUUCAUAUUCAUACUGGAUUAUCUUACAAACCAAAAACUGUGUGAAACCUGGGCUCCGCAGGACUGGGGCUGGGGUCCUGAGCCUCUCGUGUGACUGUGGUGUUUAAAUGUGUGUCCUGCGCCUCGGCAGUGGUGAUCCAUUAUUGCUCCUGCUACAGUGCCUCAGUGACGUCCCAUGAAACUCAUACCGGGUCCUGUAGAUGCGGAGAGUACGCGGGGUUACUGAACCCAGUCAGUGGGGGAGGGGGUCAGAGAGACGGAGGCGUUCUCUGCUGGUAGUCUGUGUCUGUGGUUUUGCACGUUUGGAUUUCAGUGUGAAGUUCCGAUGCACUAAAAUAAGAGACUUUAUAAGAGGUUUUGCUUUGAGAGUGCAGUUAUGCUGCUGUUGUAACGAAGCCCUACACUCUCAAACGUAAAAGUGCUUUAACUGUUUAUUCGAGGGAUGCUAUAGGGAUUAAUCGUUUUCAAAUUGUUAACAAUUCUCUAUUUGACUUUUUUAUUUUGUUUAAAUUUGCUACCCUGCACCUGGAGCAGGCUACUUUUUACUACCAAAUUUCAGAGUGAGUCGAGGAAGAACUGUAGGAAAGUUGCAAUAAAAAGUAGUUUUUUUUUGUUUUUGUUUUUUAAAUCAGCAGUAGUUCUUAUAUGGCAUCACUCAAAUAAGCAUUUAAUGCUUCUUUUUUCAAAACUGUAACACUUCCGUCAAGGAAAGUUUAUUUUAAAUCAAAGUAAAUUCAGAUCAUUCUGGUUAAAAGAAUUUUCUCCAAUAUUGAUGUUUUUAUGCUUGUAUUCCAUUAACAUGCUCAAGAGUUAGCUGUGUUGCUGCUGUUAAUGAAGGCUGUUGCAGAGUAUAUGGCCAGUGAUCAAAGCUGUGUGAGGUGCACUGAAACUGAUUCUAACAGAGAAAAUGAACCAGACCCUCCUGCUGUCUCUACUGCUUACUGGCUUUGGUUUAUAAGAAGCUUUUUGCUUAAAUUGUCCUUAUUGUGGAAAAACAAAACUAUUGAAAUCUAUUUUAUGGAUAAACAUCAGUUCUGAUUCAGUUCUUGAUCAUUUCUUUAUUGAUUCUGUCGGCUGUCGAUUUUUUACGCAUUUGGCAGAAAACCCUUUGCUUCAGAUACUCCCUCCUUCCCUUUACACACAGAACAGAAGACUAAAGACUGAAAGGCAGUCUACUUAAGAUUUAAUGAUUUAUAGCUUGUUUUAUUUUGCCAAACCCUUUGACACCACUUUCAUAACUUAUUAUUAAAUCAUAAAGAACUGCAUAUCUGUGUACAAUAUAUAUAUAUUUAUCAGCUAACAAAAAGAAGAAUAUUUUUAAUAUAGAGACAAAAAUUAAUAGUCUCAUCUUUUAUCAAUUUUAUAUUUUUGUAAAACAUAUAGUACUACCAUGGUUUGGACUAAUGAAUAAGCUCCUUAUUUUAUCAUGAUGAAUUUUGUCCAGUUCGUUUCCCUCCGGCUUUGUAGCUUCUUCUCUUUCAGGAGCAGGUUUAUACAGCGAGUUUGGCUCUGCUGGCUCUGAGAGAAGGAGAGAUUAGCAUUAUUAUAAAAUAUGAUUCUGUUCUUUCUUUCUAUUGUUUAUAAUGUACAGAGAAAAAGCUUACGAAUAGGGAAAGGUAAUAUUUAAUCAGUAAAAUACAGUAAAUAUGCUGCUGCUGCUGCUGCCCAGAGGUUUACACUGUAAUUUGCUAUGUUGUCUGUUGAUGUGCAGACCAGUAGUCGUGUACAUUUCAGAUUAAGAGUAGAGAUUAUUCACACUUCUAUUUGACUCGUGUCUGAACUGUAGAUGGUGGGCAUUAGUACAGAAUGUGGGUAGAGAUCUCCUCAUUUCGCUGAUCUAUGACCAGCAUCCCAUACUGCUCUUACCUUCCCCUCUCCGUUGUAAACAGAGGGGCGCUGUCCCGUCGGGGGGGGGGUGUUUAUUUGCUGACAGACUACAUUUCACUGUUCAGGCAAUUUCACCACACUGUGGCUAUUGAUUGCAGUGAGACUUUUUCUCUGUGAUUGGUUGAAUCACGGUUGAACUGGUUCAUAAUCACUGACACCGAAGCUCCGCCUCUCACACAUAGUGCUGCUGGUGCUCUGUAUGCAGUCUGUGCAGUCGUAUGUACGUGGCGUUCCUCAGUGUCCCAAUACAAAUGGCUUUCUUUGUCUACACAAACAGACGUGAUAAAUAAAGUCGAUGUAAGCUGUUC